GUCACUCCUCCUCUUCGAUCACUUGCGGCCCAGCCGCUUCGUGCGCAUGCGGGACUUUGCCCUGACAAGCCGGGGCUUGCCCAUCUUGCGGGGCUUUUUGGCGCCCCGCCGGGACACGACGCCGUGCGCUUCUGCUGGGCCCUUGCUGCCGCGAAUGAUGCGCAGCGUGUCUGCGUCGCAGCUGCACGGCCGCUUGCCUGUCCAACCGCUGCGCGCCUUGCGGGUCGUCGCUGUCCAACUGCUCUCGGAACCACUCCCUCCGCGCCUGGCCUAACGCCGCGACGCCGGGAUUGUGCGCUAAGUACACAGCGGCGGCGGCGCGCGCCGUCGCACGGGUGGCCGCUGCGCCCCUGUGCGUGCACAUGUUUUUCUGGAAACUCUUCCCCGUUCCCCACUGCCCCUCCGCCGCCUGGCUGACGCAAUGACCCGGAUGCUGGUCGACGCGUCGCUCAUGCGGCCCAUGGCGUCCAUGACCGCCUGGAGUUGCGGCGCCGCAGCGCCCCUAGGGAUCUUUUCCAAGCGGGUGAACUGCUUUUUUUGCUGCAUCCCGUGGACGGCGUACGCGAGCGGAACCGCUCCCCCCUCGAUGCUGCGGACCGCGCUGGCCUGGCCGCCGUCAGCGCAUGCGAUGGCUCCCGCCGCCAGGGACCCCCGCACCACGCCCUCCACGCCUUCCAGUGUUUCAGGACCUGGGACUGUACCCUUCGGACACGAGACGUCCGCGCACGUGACUAUCUUGCGUCUCUUCGUGUCCCUGUCCUUCAACACCACCACCCUGCCAGUGUGCAAGUUCUCGUGCGGGUCCGAGCGCAACACGGCGUGCCUCGCCACGUCGAUGUCCACCUCGCGUGCACCGAAUGUAAGGUCCCUCCCCGUCCUCACCGACCACCACGCGACGACGUCGCGAUGGGAAGCGAAGCGACGGGAAACGACGUCCUCGCACACGUCGGUCAGUUGCACGGUCUGGUCGAUCCUCUCCUGGUUUGCAAAGCACCACGCCACCCUCCAGUAGGACUGAUGCGUCAUGCGAGUCCCGCACAUGGGGGUGAACGCAGUCAGCGGCAUGUUACGCACGCCGCAUUUGUGCCUCUUGCACACGAGACCCUGGCGCGACGCGCUAGGACAUUCGGCAGUCUGCGUCGCCACGCGGGCCUGCGCGUCCGCGCAAGCAUCGCCAGGGAAACCUGAUCGGACAAGAAAGGGAAGCGUCGCUUUAGUCUAAUGGGCGCAUUGGGCGAAGAGGAAAAGGAAGGCGAGGGCAACGAGGAGUCGAUGACGAGGACGACGUGGCG